AUGUUGUCAGCUAGAUUUAGAUCAACUGCCGUUAGAGCUGCUUCUACAUUAGCAAGAAAUUCAAGAAUCGUAUGUUGAAGAAUAUAUCAAGUUAAUAUUCCAAUUAGUUUAGCUUACAGUUGCAUCAAUUGAUACUAUGUGUUUACGAGUUUACAUGAUUGGAGUUAGUUACUCUAUUACAAUUUCAAUUGACAUUUUUUUUUUUGGAGAGGGUGAAAAUUUUCAACGAUUUCCGAAUUGAUUUCAGAAUUGAUUCCAUGCAUCGAGAACUAAUUGAAGAAUUGAAAUAUACUUAAGAGUAUCAAUUACUAACAUGUAUCUAGGCACAACCAACUAUCAGACAAGCUUACAGAUUUGCUUCAACAAAAGCUGCUCCAACUGAAGUUUCAUCAAUUUUAGAAGAUAGAAUUAAAGGUGUUUCAGAUGAAGCUAAUUUAAAUGAAACAGGUAAAGUUUUAUCAGUUGGGUAUGUAAAUCAAUUCCAUUUAAAUCAACGUUUGAUUUGAUUUGAUCUAACUGUUGUGGUUGUUGAAAAUUUUUGCCAAAUUUUAUUGGCCAAAAAUUUGUUCCAUUUCGCACACAAUUAAUUUUUCAAUCAUGGACCCCAGUUUAUACUAACUUUGAAUUUUUUUUUAGUGAUGGUAUUGCUCGUAUUUAUGGUCUUAACAAUAUUCAAGCUGAAGAAUUAGUUGAAUUCGCAUCAGGUACUAAAGGUAUGGCUUUAAACUUGGAAGCAGAUCAAGUUGGGGUUGUUUUAUUUGGUUCAGAUAGAGAUGUUAAAGAAGGUGAAACCGUCAAAAGAACUGGUCAAAUUGUUUCAGUUCCUGUUGGUCCAGAAUUAUUAGGUAGAGUUGUUGAUGGUUUAGGUAAUCCAAUUGAUGGUAAAGGUCCAAUUAAUGCCUCAGGCACAUCAAGAGCUCAAGUUAAAGCACCAGGUAUUUUACCAAGACAAUCAGUUUCAGAACCAAUGCAAACUGGUUUAAAAUCAGUUGAUGCUUUGGUCCCAAUUGGUAGAGGUCAAAGAGAAUUAAUUAUUGGUGAUAGACAAACUGGUAAAACUGCAGUUGCUUUAGAUGCAAUUUUAAAUCAAAAAAGAUGGAAUAAUGGUAAUGAUGAAAAGAAAAAAUUAUACUGUAUUUACGUUGCUGUUGGUCAAAAAAGAUCAACUGUUGCUCAAUUAGUUCAAACAUUGGAACAAAAUGAUGCUUUGAAAUAUUCCGUCAUUGUUGCAGCUACUGCUUCUGAAGCUGCUCCAUUACAAUAUAUUGCUCCUUUCACUGCUACUGCUAUUGGUGAAUGGUUCAGAGAUAAUGGUAGACAUGCUUUAAUUGUUUUUGAUGAUUUAUCAAAACAAGCUGUUGCUUAUCGUCAAUUAUCAUUAUUAUUAAGAAGACCUCCAGGUAGAGAAGCUUAUCCAGGUGAUGUUUUCUAUUUACAUUCAAGAUUAUUAGAAAGAGCUGCUAAAAUGUCUGAUAAAAAUGGUGGUGGUUCAUUAACUGCUUUACCAGUUAUUGAAACUCAAGGUGGUGAUGUUUCAGCUUAUAUUCCAACCAAUGUUAUUUCAAUUACUGAUGGUCAAAUUUUCUUGGAAGCUGAAUUAUUUUAUAAAGGUAUCAGACCAGCUAUUAAUGUUGGUUUGUCAGUUUCAAGAGUUGGUUCAGCUGCUCAAGUUAAAGCUAUGAAACAAGUUGCUGGUUCAUUAAAAUUAUUCUUGGCUCAAUAUAGAGAAGUUGCUGCUUUUGCUCAAUUUGGUUCAGAUUUAGAUGCUUCAACUAAACAAACUUUAAAUAGAGGUGAAAGAUUAACUCAAAUUUUAAAACAAAAACAAUAUCAUCCAUUAGGUGCUGAAGAACAAGUUCCAUUAAUUUAUGCUGGUGUUAAUGGUUUCUUAGAUUCAGUUGAUGUUAAAAGAGUUGGUGAAUUUGAAGAAGGUUUCUUAUCAUUUUUAAAAUCAGAUCAUUCUGAAAUUUUAGAUGCUAUUAAAACUAAAGGUGAAUUAUCAAAAGAUGAUUUAGCUAAAUUAAAAUCAGCUACAGAAGACUUUGUUAAAAAUUUUUAA